AAGAGCGGAGGAGUGAGGACAAAAAAAAAGGACCAAAAAAAAAAAGAGAAGAAUACGAGACGAAUCUAUCGGAGAUUUAGGAGCAUGAAUAGCCUCACAUUUUCUGCGUUUUUAUUGGCAGCUUUUUUUCUUGCCUGCAACGGAGGUAACCCAUGUUGCUCUGAGCCAUGCCAGAACAGAGGUGUGUGCACAGCAAUGGGAGCUAAUGAUUAUGAAUGUGACUGCACGCGGACAGGAUAUCAUGGCAAGAACUGCACAACACCUGAAUUCCUCACCUGGUUAAAAGUUUCCCUGAAGCCGUCGCCCAACACCGUCCACUACAUUCUCACCCACUACAAGGCUUUCUGGAACAUUGUUAACAGCAUCUCAUUUCUCAGGGACGUCAUCAUGAGAUAUGUGCUGACAUCUCGAUCCCACUUGAUCGACAGUCCUCCAACUUACAAUGCCGACUACGGUUACAAAAGCUGGGAAGCCUACUCCAACUUGUCCUACUACACACGAGCCCUUCCGCCUGUGCCGCAGGACUGCCCAACCCCUAUGGGAGUCGUAGGUAAAAAGGAGUUGCCUGACGUCAAGUUGUUGGCUGAGAAGCUCCUGGUGAGGAGGCAGUUUAUCCCAGACCCACAGGGCACCAGCUUGAUGUUUGCUUUCUUCGCGCAGCAUUUCACGCACCAGUUCUUCAAAUCCGAUAUGAAAAAUGGACCUGCUUUYACCGUGUCUCAAGGUCAUGGGGUGGACCUCAGCCACAUCUACGGUGGCAACCUGGAGAAGCAGCACAAGCUCAGGCUCUUCAAAGACGGCAAGCUAAAAUAUGAGAUGAGAAAUGGAGAGGUGUAUCCCCCGUUGGUUAAGGAUGUCGGUGUCGAAAUGCACUACCCGCCUCAUGUCCUGGACUCUCAGCGCUUUGCCGUUGGCCACGAGGCGUUUGGYCUGGUCCCCGGCCUCAUGAUGUAUGCCACCAUCUGGCUCCGUGAACACAACCGAGUCUGUGACGUGCUGAAGGAAGUUCACCCAGACUGGGAUGACGAAAGACUCUUCCAAACGUCACGGCUCAUCCUGAUUGGUGAGACCAUCAAGAUUGUGAUCGAGGAUUACGUGCAGCACCUGAGUGGGUACCACUUCAAGCUCAAGUUUGACCCCGAGCUGCUCUUCAGCCAGCGCUUCCAGUACCAAAACCGCAUCGCGUCCGAGUUCAACACGCUGUACCACUGGCACCCGCUGAUGCCCGACAGUUUCCAAAUCGACGGGAAGGAUUACAGCUACAAGCAGUUUGUCUUCAACACCACGGUGAUGACGGAGCACGGCAUCAACAGCCUGGUGGACUCAUUCACCAAGCAGAUUGCAGGACGGGUUGCUGGCGGUCGUAAUGUGCCGGGACCCAUCUUGUACGUGGCCAUUAAAUCCAUYGAACACAGCAGGCAAAUGCGUUACCAGUCCCUCAACGCUUACAGGAAGAGGUUCUCCAUGAAACCCUACAGCUCCUUUGAGGACUUGACAGGGGAGAAAGAAAUGGCUGCGUUGCUGGAGGAGAUGUACGGCGACGUGGACGCCGUGGAGCUCUACCCGGGCCUGCUGGUGGAGAAGCCCCGGCCCAACGCCAUCUUCGGGGAGACAAUGGUGGAGAUGGGGGCUCCUUUCUCCCUCAAGGGCCUGCUGGGGAAUCCCAUCUGCUCCCCGGAGUACUGGAAGCCCAGCACCUUCGGAGGCAGCGUGGGCUUCGACAUCGUCAACACCGCCUCCCUGCAGAGGCUCGUCUGCAACAACGUGAAGGGGCCCUGCCCGAUGGCGUCCUUCUACGUGCCCGACGUCAAAGAGCCCGUGUCCGCCGUCAUCAACUCGAGCACCUCGCACUCGGGCCACAGCGACAUCAAUCCCACCAUCAUUUUGAAAGAAAGGACAUCUGAGCUGUAGCAAUUCUUUUCAAAAGAUUAGGUUUUAAUAACUAUUUAUUUAUUUAUUUAUUUUGUAUUUAUGUAUUUUUUUAUUUAUGAAAUAGGAAGAGAAAAAUAAAAGAACAGAUUUGAACAGAUUUUUAUUGUGCGUAUUUGUAGAAUUGUCGAUAAUAAUUAAGGAAAAACAAUUUUGUCUAUUUAUUGAGAAACUUAAUUUAUUGUUCUUGUAAUGAAAUCCAUCUCUACAUCUAGAUACUUGAUGUUUACUUGCUGACGUUCUUAAUUAUUUCAGAGAUUAAAAACUGCAUUUUCAAUUUUUUUUUUUUGUCCGUUAAAGUUCUGUAUGUGCACACAGAAGGGAUGUGACAGCCCUGCAAAUGAAAGUUUUACAGAGUAACAACUAAACAGUUAAAAGGACACAAUGACWGACAUUUUCAUCUGAUUAACAUAUAAUGAACUGCAUUCCUUGUUCAGUGUUUUUUUACUGUUUGUUUGUUUGUUUGUUUUUUAAUGUGUGACUACUGAUAAAGUAAAUUUUUCAYUGUUAGUUGCUGUCGGAGCUGCAGAGCUCUGAAUAACUUCCUGUACUGUAAGAGCUAUGCAGUGUGAUCAAAUAAGCAGGACAUUUGUUGGCUGGUAUUCUACUGACUUCCAUGUUUGAACUCAGUAAACACUGGCAGAAAACAAACCAUUUCUCUAAAAUAAAGUGAUGUGGUUUCUUUUUGCA